AUGGAGAUUCGGACGUUGUCCAUCUUCAGGGGGUGUUCGCAUUGCAGAUACGAUGGGCGUGGUCACCUCCAUGACCUUUCCGAGUAUGAUGCGGAGUAUACCACCUGGAACCGAGAUUACCAGCUGUCGGAGGAGGAGGCGAGAAUAGACGCCCUGUGUGAUGAAGAGAGGUAUUUAGCCUUGCAUACGGACUUGCUUGAGGAGGAGGCAAGGCAAGAGGAAGAAUACAAGCGGUUGAGUGAAGCUCUGGCCGAGGACGGGAGCUACAAUGCAGUGGGGUUCGCGUAUAGCAGUGACUAUUAUGACCCCUCAGAGCCCACGGAGGAAGAGGAGCCUUCUAAGCAGAGAGAGAAGCAGGAGGCUGAGAGUCUGGAGGAGAAUGAAGAGCCCUUUGUGGCCCCCUUAGGAUUGAACGUCCCUCCCGAUGUGGAACUGCCCCCGACCGCGAAGAUGCACGCCAUCAUUGAGCGCACCGCCAACUUUGUGUGCAAGCAGGGCGCCCAGUUUGAGAUCAUGCUCAAAGCCAAGCAGGCGCGCAACUCGCAGUUCGACUUCCUGCGCUUCGAUCACUACCUCAACCCCUACUACAAGUUCAUCCAGAAGGUCAUGAAGGAGGGCCGCUACACGGCUCUGGCCGAGAACAAGGGUGGAGAGAAGACAAAAUCGGGGGCUGACUCUGACAGUGAGGAGGAGGAGGACGACGAGGAGGACGACGGUAAUUACCUGCACCCGUCUCUCUUUGCUUCCAAAAAGUGCAGUCGCCUUGAGGAGCUUAUGAAGCCUCUGAAGGUGGUAGAUCCUGAUCACCCCCUGGCAGCGCUGGUCCGGAAAGCCCAGGCUGACAGCUCCACGCCCACCCCGCCUCCUGCCGAAGGCACGACUGGGCAGCCCCCCCAGGUGGAAUACCCCGCUGACUCCACAGUAGCAGCCAUGUACUACAGCUACUACAUGCUACCUGAUGGCACCUACUGCCUGGCUCCGCCCCCGCCCGGCAUAGACGUGGCCACGUACUACAGCAGCCUGCCCGCUGGUGUGACUGUGUCCGGCUCCAGCGGCGUGCCAGCCUCUGCCCCGCCACCUCCUGGGACCACACCGCCCCCGUCUACUGCAGAGACGAGCAGUGGGGUGACCUCCACUACCACCACCACCAGUGCCCUCACCCCUGUGGCUGCCAUAAUCCCCCCUCCUCCGGACAUCCAGCCUGUGAUCGACAAGCUGGCCGAGUACGUGGCGCGCAAUGGCGUCAAGUUUGAGACCAGCGUGCGAGCCAAGAAUGACCAGAGGUUUGAGUUCCUGCAGCCCUGGCACCAGUACAACGCCUACUAUGAGUUUAAGAAGCAGUUCUUCCUCCAGAAGGAAGGGGGCGACAGCACACAGGCCACGGCCACCCCAGAGGAGGCGCCGGCUGAGUCAGCAUCAGAGAGCCCGUGCGAGGCUGUGGACGACGGGGCAUCUGAAGACACGGCUGAAGGAGGAAGGGGAGCCCUGGGCAGGAAGGAGGCGGCAUCCAGCAAAGCAGUCCCCGAUGGAAAGCUCGUGAAAGCUUCCUUUGCCCCAAUAAGCUUUGCCAUCAAGGCCAAAGAAAACGAUCUUCUGCCCCUGGAGAAAAACCGUGUCAAGCUGGACGAUGACAGUGAUGAUGACGAGGAAAGCAAAGAGGGCCAGGAGAGCUGUGGGAGUGCCGCCCACGCCAGCCCGGCGGCAGCACCCCCCUGCGUGGUGGUCGAGGAGAAGAAGCCCCAGCUUACGCAGGAGGAGCUAGAAGCAAAGCAAGCCAAACAGAAGCUGGAAGACCGGCUGGCAGCCGCUGCCCGCGAGAAGCUGGCCCAGGCCUCCAAGGAGUCCAAGGAGAAGCAGCUCCAAGCAGAGCGCAAGCGCAAGGCCGCCCUGUUCCUGCAGACCCUCAGGAACCCCCUGACAGAGGCCGAGGCCUCCAGGGCCGAGGAGGGCCCCUUCUCGGGGGAGGAAGCCUGUGCUGUGCCCUGCGCUCCACCGACAGCGGGGAGACCCCUGCCCCCUCUAGAAGGCAAACCCGCCGACCGGCCUUCGAGCAGAAGCAGAGAUCCUCCCCGGGAAGAAGAGAAGGAGAAGAAGAAGAAAAAGCACAAAAAACGGUCUCGGACGCGAUCCCGCUCCCCCAAGUAUCACUCCUCAUCCAAGUCCCGGUCCCGGUCGCACUCAAAGGCCAAGCACACCCUCCCCAGCGCCUACCGGACAGUGCGGCGCUCCAGGUCACGUUCCAGGUCCCCGCGGAGAAGAGUGCGCUCCCCAGAGCGGCGCCGGGAGGAGAGGAGCGUCCCCACUGCCUACCGUGUGAGCAACAGCCCCGGGGUCAGCCGGAAGCGGACACGCUCCAGGAGCCCCCACGAGAAGAAGAAGAAGAGGCGGUCACGGUCUCGGACCAAGUCCAAGGCCAGGUCUCAGUCGGUGUCCCCGAGUAAGCAGUCGGCACACAGGGCGGCCGCCCACUCGGCCAGCAUCUCUCCUGUGGAGAGCCGGGGCUCCAGCCAGGAGCGCUCCAGGGGGGUUUCUCAGGAGAAGGACGGGCAGAUCUCGUCAGCGAUCGUGUCCUCCGUGCAAAGCAAAAUAACUCAGGACCUUAUGGCCAAAGUGAGAGCAAUGCUUGCAGCGUCCAAAAACCUGCAGACCAGCGCCUCCUGAGCCUGAGCCCAUGGCUGCCCACCCUCCCACCACCACCACCACUGCCGGGGUCAGCACAGACCAGGCCACGUUCAAGGCAUGUGAGGUGACAGAAUCGGAAGAGCCGGAAGCUCAUUGGCUCCGGUUUGGGGCAGAAACUGUCCGGCGCCCCCUCGCUCCCUUGGACACAUGGUGGUUUUGUAAAUUACUUUUUGAUGCCAUUUGCAGUUUAAGAUUCUGACCAGCAGUCUCCCCCGUCCCUGUAUAUUUGUAAAUAUGCCAUGUUUCUGUGAAAAUGUAUCAAAUAAAACCAGAGGAAGACACCUUUUUCUAGA